UGGCGCGAGCCAUGAAAGUGGUGUAGACCGUCAGAUUGGUCGGAAGUGUAAUUCGAUUGCAGUUUUUCCUGCACAUUAAAUAUAUCUAUAGGCAUAGGACACUACUGUAAGGACUCGUUUUGUGUGACACCGUGUAAGAGAUUAAUCGCAAAAAUACGCCAUGCUGCUCUCUAUGAUGAAUAUGUGUGUAAGAUGUUAGAAGUAUUAAAUCAACACGCUAGAGAAGAAUUGGGGACACUUUGUCCAGACUGGUUUGAGGUGCUGACUGUGAAAGCCUCCACCAAAGUUGAAGAUGGGGACUCUGGUCAAAAACCUAGAAAUUCCAGGUUCCCAAGUGAACAGGAGGCACCACUGGAGAAACCAGCUGCGUGCAGCCAGAUGUUCUCCACACCCAAGAUCUUUAGGGGUCAAGAGAGAAUGUCACCCAAACCCAUAACCCAAGAUGAGGCCCUACACUGUAGUGAAAAGGAUGCAGAUAGACGGCCAGAAAAUUUGUAUUGUGUGGAUACCAGUCCUUGUUUAUUUGGAUCUACAAAUACCAGGAGUGCUGUCAGAAACCAACAUAGAGGUCAACCAUCAAAAGGUUUUCUUGAAGACCUCUUGGACACACCAGGGAGCUCAAUGCCCACAUCAGUGAAACGCAUUUCUGAAAGCUUGGGAGCACAGAUUGAUCCUGAUGUAUCCUGGACCAGUUCUCUCAACACACCACCAGCUAUGUCUCCCACGGUCAUUCUCACUAAACCCGACAAUAGUGCAUGCUCCGUAACCUGCACUGGAGACAAGCGAGAGUUUUUUGUACGGAAGCUCUUCCCCUCUCUUUCUGAAGCUUCUGGAAUCCCAAACUCACUGGACAAAAACAAACAAUUGCUGCUGUCUGAAGAUGUUGCCUGUUUGGAUAAGAAGGACCGCUUUGGAGCAUUCUCACCAGAUGUGACAGUGAAGCCGAAAUUGCCAGACGCCAUUCAGGACAGGGAGGUCCGCAGCACAGUAGCCCGUGUCCUGGAUGGAAAUGAGGACGUUAUCUCGUUUUUUUUCAGUAACAGUAGCAGCAGUUCAUUGAGGAAAGUGAAACCUGGGGAGGGAGUGAAGAGGAAAGAGGGUAAUUCAAUACGGAAUGGAUUAGCAACUAGUGUCUUGAAUGUGGCCUCCAGAGACACCAGGCCGGAGAUUCGCAUGCAGCCUAUCAAAAAACCGGGAGAUGAAUCCCAGCUGAUGGUGGAUUGUUCUGUCCCAUGGACUCCAAUGACUUUGCCUGAUUCAAUAUUACAGCCUUUGCCAAAAGAGGACACUACUGUUCACACAGACAUAUCAGUCAAACAGCUGGUUGGUCGGAUUUUACCUAAAGUUCCUCCAGCAUGUAGUGAGAGUGAUGCAAUGGAGAGUGCUUCUCCAGUACAGUGUGAUUCUGUUGUUCCUCAAUGGAAAAAUAUUGUAAAAAGUCAAGGAAAUAACAGAGAACAGUGUCCCAGUCCUUCUAAAACAGAGACUAGGGAAGCAGAGGGGGGGGAAAUGGGACAUUUGACCACAGAUGAGCUCCUACUCAGUGUUCAGCUGCCUAAUGUUAACAUGAGCUGUAACCCAGCUGGAGAUUUCACAGGAGACGCGGCCAUAGAGAAACCAUCUCAACACAAUGUAGAGGGACAGAAAGAAGUGUCAGUCUCACAGGCUGCUGAGUCUCUGGCUGAGGACUCAUUGAAAAGCUGUUCUCCUGCGAUGCCUGUUCAGAAACCUUCCAGGAAGUUUGUCUAUUCUCUGCUAACUCCUAGCCCAUCCAGUCAUACAGUCCAAAGCUCAAGAACCUAUCAGCAGUCUGAUUGUACAUUGCCUACACUUUCAGAAAGUUCAGCAGUUCAGCGGCAAUCUCAUUGUGUUGUAUCAUGCAGUGAUGGAGAAGAAUGUGCUGGUGUCACGGACAUGUUGGAUUUAAAAAAUCGUGUGUUUGAAAAACAUGACCGUACAGCAGCAGAAAAUGCUGUGCUUAAAGUUUCAUGCCAGGAGAAUGAUGACCAGGCACGUGCUGCUUUUACAGAGGAGCUUAAGAAGGAUGUCCCCUCUGGCAAAGACUGCAUCAGCGAGACCGCUUUCCAGACAGCUGCCCAGAAUGGCUGCAUGGACACACCUUGCUUUGCCACUCAGGGACAGAUGGACAGAUAUCUACCGGAAACAUCAAAUGAAACCGAGCCAAACGAAACAAUUGAGUUGACAGCUGACCAGCAGAAUGCCUCUGCUAAGAGUGGCCUUAGUCCUGAACCAGUAUGGGCCACAAAACAGAUUAUAGUGGACUAUAAUAACUAUAGUGACUGCAUAUCUAACGCAGUAAAUGAACUGAGUAGUCAAAGGCAAGACAGCAGCUACCAUACCACUCUGUCUGAUGUUUCCCAUGUUCCUAGGUUAUUAGAUGAUAUCAGCCCUGGAAAAGGAAGACUGGAGGUUGGUUUCAGAACUGCUAGCGAGAAGAUCAUUGUUUUGCCAUUUGAGGCAAUACAGAGAGCAAAAGUUUUACUCAACGAAGCAGCAGAUGGCGACCUCACAGGAAAAGCCAUUGGUCAGAAAAACCUGUCAGUAAAUUCAAUGGCUCACAACACAAUGCAAGCCAAAGAAUCUGACAUCAAAAGCAACUGCCAGAGCCUGCAGGAUCUCACUAAAUAUCCUGAGAAUGUUAUGGUGGAAGUGGGGCCGCUGUAUAGAUCUGAUGCUGAGAGAGCCAUUAAUGUCCACAGUAAUUCCAGUAGGCAGUCUUCAACAACCAAAAUUACUGGUUUCAAAACUGCCUCUAACAGUGCAAUUCAUGUGUCCUCUACAAAUCUCAAGAAAGCCAGGGAGUUGCUUGAUGAGACAGAUUAUGGGAAACAUGCAGAGAAAUAUUCAACCCCCACUGGUGCAAAAAAUGGACAAGGAAUGACAGAAGAGGAAGACUGCAAACCUAAACCCUCUGCAGCACCAGUGGCUGCAGUCUUGUCUCCUGCUCAUCCCUCUGCAAAGGGUUGCUUGGAAGCUCACUGUUUUCUGACUGCCUCGCAGAAGGCAGAUGUUACUGCGCUCUGCAGCCUUCUGGAAGAGGCAGACAGUCAAUUUGAAUUCACACAGUUUAAGCAAAUAAAUACGGACUCUAGCAGCACAGGUGUGGCUCCUCCAGGCAGUCAAAGUGAUGAAGAAGUAGAUCCUGAUUUUUUGACAGGAAUAGAUUUCAAUGAUAGUUUCACCACCCUUGGACAAGUGACAAGACGGCAAUCGGCUAUAACUGAAGUAACAGUGCUGGAUGAACCCACAGAAAAUUCUGACCUAAAGCACAAUGGACAAAAAUUCAAUGUUACAGGUGAAGCUGAGGCAAUUUCAAGCGGUGCUUUAAACAACAUGAUUGACAAAGGCACAGUGAAAUCUUUGCACCCUAAGGAUAUGGAUAGAUUAUUUGUCCCAGGUGUCAUAGCCAACUCCAGAAACUGUGGUGGUUUUUACUCAGCUCAGGGUGUGAAAAUUACUGUUUCAAUGGAACGUCUCAAAGAGGCUUCAGGUGUAUUUGAUGGUCUAGAUGUUCUCUGUACUUCUGCCUUAAAUUCUGGUGAGGAUUUGGGUUUAUCAGCAGAGAAACCAAGUGCAUUGCAAACUGACAGCAUUGUGAAACGUGCAAAGCAAGACACUCUACAAAAGGUAUCUUAUUGCCCUAAUGAACAGCAUGAGUCAUGCAAAGAAAAAAUGAAGGAAUUUUCAAAAAAGGACUUUACCUCAUCUGUGGUGGAGACAGGUAAAUAUAUUGAGAGUGACUUUAAUGAAAUGAGAAAAACUGGAAAUAUUACUGGCAUCACUCCACAUUUCGUGGGCUUCAAAACAGCUGGAGGAAAUGCUGUGAGUGUGUCUGAGAGAGCUCUUAGCAAAGCAGCAGCAAUAUUUGCAGACUUAGAAGAAGUAAAGGCAAGUACAGAUGAAGUAGGACAUCAACUGCCUAUUGAAAAUCAAAAAAGGAAAAAUACUCCGAUAAAAAUCCACGACUCACAGGCAAAGUGUGGUGACUUCAUUCUUAACGUUACUGACAAACUGCAAGUUGGAUUAAAUGAGCUGGAAGAGAAAAUGAGCAGCAAUUCGAAAGAUGCGAUAAACAUCGAUUAUGGUGUAGGGUAUGUUUCCAAAAAAAUAAAUGUGGAAAUAAACAACAUUGCUGAUAAAUUAGCUGAUGUAGAUCCCUGCCAGACCAGCAUAAAAGCACGAUCUAAUUGUGAAAACAUUGCAAAAAGCAACCUUCUAGAUAAUGAUGAGUUAAAGUAUGUUGAAGAUAUACAUUUUCCUAAGGUACAUCAGAAUGUCGAUACUAAAUUUAAAUGCCCUUUUCUAAAAACUCCAGAAUAUGAAAAUUCGGUAGCAGGUUGUAGGCUGGUUUUGUCUUGUGAUCUUCAGGGAAAAGGAGGAGGUUUUACGACAGCUAGUGGUAAAAUGGUGUCCAUUUCAGAUACAGCGCUUCAGCAAGCAAAAGCCAUAUUCAAAGAUUGUAUUGAUUCUCCGGGUUGUGAAACAACAGGUGAUGUCCAAUGUGAAAUGAGUCCUAGAAAGAUUAAUACAGUCAAAAGAAGAAAGGAGUGUCCAAGUGCCGAUGAGGUGCCUGUGUCACCACAAAGUCCACAAGAAAAAGCUCAUCUCAAGGACAAGAACAGCUCAAUGGUCAAUGAAGCAGGUACUGAAAUGCAGAGAAUAAGUGUAAUGUCACGCCUUACUCCAGGGACAAGCCAUUGUGGGUUUAGCACUGCAAGUGGGAAAAGGGUGUGUGUCUCUGAAACUGCUUUGCUGAAAGCCAGGACCUUUCUUGAAUCUGAUGAAGAAUUUCUUAAGAAUCCCAAAGAGCAUGUCACAACAGAACAUAAGGGAGUUUCAAGUCUAAACAUUCCACUUAAAAGUGGCUGUGCUUUCAGUACAGCUAGUGGUAAAAGGGUGUCCAUUUCCACAAAAUCCCUUCAGGAAGCAAAAGUUUUGUUUUCUGACAUGGAAAGUGCUUCAUUGUGGGAAUCUGGAGCAGAAGCCAAUGAAGAGAGCAAGAGAAAGGAAUUUAGUAUUUGUCCUUCUGAUUCAGGGAAAAGUAAUUGUGGGUUCAGCACUGCUAGUGGAAAGAAGGUGUCCGUGUCUGAAAAAAGCCUCAUGAAAGCGAAGACUCUUCUUGAUCAGAAUGAUGAAAAAAUGGGGCAAGAGAAAUGUGGUGAAACAGACAGUUUUAUAGCGAAUUUGUCAGCAAUGCACACCACGGACAGCAAUAUACAAGCGUCUCUUUCAGCAAAAACAAUAAAUUGCAGAAUUUUUAGGUCUAGCACCUGUCAAGAAAACAGCCUAUGUUCAGAAAUUCAGGCAAAGAAAAAUGUUAAUGUUGGAGCCUCCUACAGUGAUCCAAGAACACAGCAGUCUAGUUUAACGAACUGUGAUGGCAGUUUAGAAGUAAUAGUGAGUGCAAAGAAGAAUGAAGUAACAGUAAAUGAAAAAAGCUCUGGUUGUGCUCAGUAUUCAGACGAUGUGCCUCGUGGUGACAGAACGAUUACUUCAGUCUCUCCUGUAUCAUAUGAUUGCUCAGCAGCUGUGCUAGAGAAGCGUGAUGAAAUUGAACAAAACAGAGACAUUCCCCUUCAGGUGCUUGGUGCAGAACAAACAGGGACACCAAAAAUACAUCAGAAUUGCUUGCCCUCUUCAGGAACAACUGUAGACGAUUUCUCCCCACUUAACCUGCAGUCCCUGGGCCUUGGAUAUUGCACAGAAACUCAGCAGCAGUACUUUGAGCAGGAGGCUAUGGCUUGCACAAAGGCCCUUCUUCAGGAUGAGGAUGAGGCUGCGAAUAGGAGAAUUUCUCAAAAGGUUUCUAAAGAAUCAUCUUGUGGACCAAGAACUGCUUCCAAGUUUAAUGACACGCAUCACUCUGAGGAACAGAAACUGAGAAAUGGAAAAAGGCUUCGAGCAAUGGACUCUGCUUUGAAAGGUCAACCCCCUCUGAAAAGGCAGCUUUUGGAAGAAUUUGACAGAACUUCAGUUGGUGGAACAUGCUCUUUCCUGGUUCCCCUAAAAAGCAGCCCAGAUGGUACACUAAAAGACCGAAGAACCUUCAGGUACAGCAUGCCCCUCCAGCCUAAUGUGACCCGACCCUUUGGUGAUAAAACUUUGCUGGAACAAAGGGCGAGGAAGGACUCGUCCCUCCUGAACAGCAGAUGUGGGAAUCCCCAGGACGCUGCUUUUGUGCCUCCUUUUCGGAAGCCACCCGAACCAAAAGAUGCUGUGUCUCAUGGUCCAAGUAGGCACUCGGGUGUCUUCAUACCCCCUUUCAAAAACAGAAACCUCAGGAUGAACAGCAGUCUGCAAGAGAGUGUAACUCAGGUCCAGAAUGGCAGGAAAUCUCCCGGAUCUGUUGCAGAACCAAGCAAAUAUAUUCCUCCUGCCAAGCGGAGAUCAGAGCCAAUACCCUCAACAAAAACCAGUUCAGAAGGUGUUUGUGGCCACAAGGCUAAUCCCAACAAUGACAUUGUUGAAAAAUGUGAAGAAAAGGGAUUGGAACAAGGGAUCCCAAGUGCACGUCCCGCCUCACCGUAUGGAAACACUGUUCAAGUUUCUGUAGAUGCAGGGUUGCAGGGUCUCGAGAGCCUGCGACAUACCCGAGACCUUCAGGACAUGAGAAUCAUGAAGAAGAAGCGGCAGACCAUUAGACCCCAGCCGGGAAGUCUCCUCCUGGCAAAGACUUCCGGGAAGACGAGGUUGUCCUUAAGAAGUGCAUUUGGAGGAGGCUGUCCAGUCAGGCAUUCCCAAGAGGAGCUGUAUAAGUAUGGUGUCCACCAGGGAGUUUUCCAGAUCAGCAGCGAAAACGCAGAGUCCUUCCGUUUCCGCUAUGCUGACUACUUCUGCCAGGAAACGCUGAUUGCAGAGGGGGGUGUUCAGCUGGCCGAUGGUGGUUGGCUCAUACCUGAUAAUGGGGGCACUGUGGGGAAAGAGGAGUUUUACAGGGCCCUGUGUGACACCCCUGGUGUGGACCCCAAAUUAAUAAGUGAAAGCUGGGUAUACAAUCACUAUAGGUGGGUGGUUUGGAAACUGGCUUCUAUGGAAAGGUCCUUCCCCAGAGUGAUGGGCAGCCUGGGUCUCACCCCACAGCGGGUCCUGCUGCAGCUGAAGUACAGGUAUGACCUUGAGAUUGAUCAGAGUCGGCGGUCGGCAUUGAGAAAGAUUAUGGAGAGGGAUGACACUCCUGCAAAGACCAUGGUCCUCUGCAUCUGUGGCAUCGUUUCGACCGGUUCAGACCGCACCAAGAGAAAGACCACCCAGGGUGCGGACGCCAAGGUGGAUUCGACCACGGGACUCAUUUGGGUCACAGAUGGGUGGUACUGCAUCAAGGCACUGCUGGACACCCCACUAACAGUAAUGGUGCAGAAAGGUCGUCUCACAGUAGGUGUGAAAGUCGUGACCCAUGGAGCUGAAUUGGUUGGAUCCCAAGAUGCUUGUACCCCUUUGGAGGCACCAUCAAACCUCAUGCUCAAGAUUUCAGCCAACAGCACCAGAGUAGCAAGAUGGGACACCAAGCUAGGCUACCACCAUGACCCUCGCCCACUGAAGCUUCGGCUGUCUUCUCUGUAUAGCAAUGGAGGCCCAGUGGGCUGUGUUGAAAUAAUUGUGCUUAGAAGUUACCCGACCCAGUGGAUGGAAAAGAAACCAGACGGAGCCUAUGUGUUCCGCAGUGGACGCGCGGAAGAAAGAGAAGUUCAGAGACACAGUGCUAGCAAGCAGAAAACCAUGGAGACUCUCUUCGCAAAGAUUCAGGCCCAGUUUGAGAAGGACCAGGCAGCCAGGAACAGAUGCAAAAGCAAAGGGAAGAGGUUGAGUUGCCAGGAAAUCGAAGCUCUGCAGGACGGAGAGGAUUUACACGAAGUCGUAGACAAUGAUCCUACUGGCGUAGAGGCUUUGCUGAGUGAGAAGCAGCUGGAGAUCCUGAGCAGCUACAGACAGUCCCUGGAGCAGAAGAAACGGGAUGAGUUGCAGGAGCGAUUCCACCAGGCCCUGGAGGAGACCCAGAAGGGACAGGGGAGCUUGAGUGACAGGGAGGUCACACCAGUAUGGAGGCUGCGUGUGUCCAACUGCUGGGAGACACCAGAUGGCAGUGGGUGCUUGUUGAAUAUCUGGCGACCGUCCUCAGAGCUGCAGACUUUACUGAAGGAGGGAAGCAGGUACAAGGUGUACCAGCUAGCCACGUCGGAGGGCAGGAAGUUCAGCGGCAGCACAAACCUGCAGCUAACUGCCACCAAGAGAACGCGCUUCCAGCACGUUCAGGCAUCCCCAGAAAGGCUGACUGAACUCUUCCAGCCCAGAGCAUCUGUUAGCUUUGGGGCGCUCAUGACCCCUGGGUUCCGCCCCCUGUACGGGGAGGUAGAUGUUGUUGGCUAUGUCAUCUCCGUCGCUGACAGACACGGUGUCUCCCCUGUGAUUUACCUGGCUGACGAGCAGCUGCGCCUCGUGGCUGUCCGGGUCUCCUGCAGCCUGCUGCAGCUGGCCCUGGGAGAAGUGGUGCAGUCCCAGGCCCUGCUGGCCCUGAGCAACCUGCAGCCGCGCUGCCAGGCGCCCGUGCCCGUCCUCUACGCUGGCGAUCUGGCCCUUGUUUCUGCUAAACCUAAAGAGCCACACCAGCAGGAGGCCAGUGAGCGUUUGAGGAACGCUGUCCAGGGCUCUGAGCAUUUCUUUAAGCUUGCAGAGGAGAAACUCUUCAGCCUGAUCCAUUCAAAUGGAUCGUAUUUGCCGCCUCCUAAUGGUCCGAUUCUUGCUCCCAAAACACCGACCUGGAACGCACGACAACAAGGCAUGAAUAGUGAGACUGGGCCGACCCCUCAGAAAUCAGCACAGACGGUUGGGCCUGUCACGCCCGUGAACAGGAAGGCCCCCCCAGAGGGCAGCUCCUCAGUGGACAGGGACCCCAAGAGCAUAAAGAGGAAGCGUGGAUUAGACUACUUAUCCCACAUUCCUUCUCCUCCCCCCCUCCAGCUGCUGAAGACCAGCAUGUCGCCCGCUGUAAAAAAGACCUUCCACCCACCACGACGGUCAGAGACCCCCGCUCCGGUGAGCAGGCAGCAGCAGACACCACCCAUAGCUAAGCCAGUGGAGGGUGAGUGGGUGAGCGAUGAAGAGCUGGCCAUGAUCAAUACACAGGCCCUGCUUGACGGGUCGGGCCUGCAGAAUCAGGAGUGAUCAGGCCAGAAUAUCAGGAAGCAUUAUAGCCAAUGGGCAUGUUCCUUUGCCAUGCGAGUCAAGGGCCAAACCCCCAUCUCUUUUGGGCCAGGCUGAUGUUUCCAUAAGUAUGUGAAUGAUAUGUAUUGUAAUAUUGGACAUCAGCACUUAAGAAAAGGUUGUAUUUGUUUUUGUUUUUUUUUUGUUGCUGUUGUUGUUUUUUGUGACUUGUAGAGGUUUGUAUUUAUUUGGUGGUUUCUUUAAUAACUACUGUAAAUACGAUGUAUAAGAGUGAAUUCACCUUGCUCUGAGUGACCUGUCACUGUUUUGGUUGUUGCCUAGUUGUUGCUCAUUGUGUAAAUAUUUGAAUAAAUUGUGUAAGUGA